UGACUUAUAAAAAUCUGGGUUUACAGUAAAGCAAACAACGCAGGCAAGCAAGCCUGCCUAAGAAAUCGAAAAUGGAUUAGAAUUGCAUGUGAUUGCAAACAGGCUAGUGUGGGGUUUGCCUUUCAGCUGCUGAUUUCACCAUGGAAAGUUUGGAACAAAUGAUGAGACUGGACAAGCAAAAGCUUACGGAGCCCAUAAAGACUAUAGAGGAAAAAUGGAGACUCCUGCCAGCUUUCUUGAAGACGAAAGGACUGGUGAAACAGCACAUCGACUCCUUCAAUUACUUCACCAAUGUGGAGAUUAAAAAGAUUAUGAAGGCAAACGACAAGAUAUUGAGUGAUGCCGAUCCCAACUUUUACCUCAAAUAUCUCAACAUCUAUGUUGGAAUGCCCAAUGUGCAAGAAAAUCUGGGCAUUGCACAAACGGUUUCCCCUCAUGAGUGUCGUCUCAGGGAUAUUACGUACUCCGCACCCAUCACAGUCGAUAUUGAAUUUGUGCGCGGGAAGCAGACUGUCAUCAGGAAGAAUGUGGAGAUUGGCAGAAUGCCAAUCAUGCUGCGUAGCUCCAACUGCAUCCUGGCUGGCAAGACGUCGGCCGAGAUGGCGCAGCUGAACGAGUGUCCGAUGGACCCGGGCGGCUACUUCAUCAUCCGCGGCACGGAGAAGGUCAUCCUCAUCCAGGAGCAGCUGUCCAAGAACCGGAUGAUCGUGGACAUUGACCACAAGGGGAACACCGAGUGCUCAGUCACCAGUUCCACCCAUGAGAGAAAGAGUAAGACGUACGUUUAUGUGAAGAAAGGAAAAUUCUACUUGAAACACAACAUAUUCAGUGACGACAUUCCGGUGGCCAUAGCGUUCAAAGCCAUGGGCGUGGCGUGCGACCAGGACAUUGUGCAGUUUGUGGGGAACGAGGAGGAGGUCUUUGACGCCAUGUCACCCUGCAUCGAGGAGUGCCACAGAGCUCAGGUCUACACCACUCAGCAGGCCUUGGACUACAUCGGAGCCAAGAUCCGUAAGAGGGCACCGGGUUCCAAAAGGUCAAAGGCUGAAGAAGGGAGAGAUGUUCUGAAAAACGUUAUUUUAGCCCACGUGCCCGUCGUGGAGUGGAACUUCCACCAGAAGGCGAUGUACCUGGCCCUGAUGGUGCGGCGCAUCGUACUGACGCAAGCGGGCCGGAUCAAGGUGGACGACAGCGACUACUAUGGCAACAAGAGGCUGGAGCUGGCCGGACAGCUGCUGUCGCUGCUGUUUGAGGACCUGUUCAAGCUCUACAACAUGGAUCUGAAGAAAGUGGCGGACAAGAACAUCCCCAAAGUCAGGGCGGCUGAGUUCGACAUUACAAAAUUCAUACGCACCGACCCCAUCACCAAUGGUCUCGCCAACGCCAUCGGAACUGGCAACUGGACCAUCAAACGUUUCAAGAUGGACCGCGGCGGUGUGACCCAGGUCCUCUCCCGUCUCAGUUACAUCUCCGCCCUGGGCAUGAUGACCAGGAUCAACAGCCAGUUUGAGAAGACAAGAAAAGUGAGUGGGCCAAGGUCAUUGCAGCCAUCGCAGUGGGGACUACUCUGUCCGUCAGACACUCCAGAGGGAGAGUCGUGCGGUCUGGUCAAGAACCUGGCCCUGAUGACCCACAUCACGGUGGACGUGGAGGAGGCGCCCAUCGCUCGGAUCGCCGUCAGUCUCGGGGUGGAAGAUCUGCAGACGCUCAACGGGGAAGAGGUCAGCAACCCCAACUACUACACCGUCUUCCUCAACGGCAACAUUGUCGGUAUCACCAGUCACUACCAGCGCCUGGUCUCCACGUUCCGGAAGCUUCGUCGGGCCGGCUACAUCAACGCGUUUGUCUCCAUCUUCCCCAACCACUCGCACAGAUGUGUCUACAUCGCGUCGGACGGGGGUAGAGUCUGCAGGCCGUAUAUCAUCGUGAACAAAGGGAAGCCACUGGUCACAUCCAAACACAUUGAGGAUCUGUGCCGAGAGUUCAGGUGUUUUGAGGACUUCCUCCAUGAAGGUCUAGUGGAGUACCUGGACGUGAACGAGGAGAACGACUGUAUGGUGGCUCUGUAUGAGGCAAACAUCACACGAGAGACAACACAUCUUGAGAUUGAGCCGUUCACCAUCCUGGGCGUGUGCGCGGGUUUGAUCCCCUACCCUCACCACAACCAGUCGCCCAGGAACACCUACCAGUGCGCUAUGGGCAAACAGGCAAUGGGAACUAUUGGCUACAACCAGAGGAAUCGCAUUGACACCCUGCUGUACUCCCUGGCUUACCCUCAAGCCCCGCUGGUCAAGUCAAAGACCAUAGAACUGAUCCACUUUGACAAGUUGCCGGCGGGCCAGAAUGCCACCGUGGCCGUCAUGAGCUACAGCGGCUACGACAUUGAGGACGCGCUGGUGCUGAACAAAGCCUCCCUGGACAGAGGUUUCGGCCGCUGCCUGGUUUACAAGAAACAGACGUGUGCGGUGAAACGCUACGCCAACCUGACCUUUGACCGCAUCUUGGGGCCCAAGGUGGACAGAGACACCUACAAGCCAAUCUGGAAACACGAGCCCCUGGACAUGGACGGAAUAGCGGCGCCAGGUGUGCGUGUGGAGAACCGCCAGGUGAUGGUCAACAAAGAGAUGCCCACGGUGACCUCCUCCUCGUCGGUGCAGAACCAGAUGGGGAAGCAGACGGAGUACAAGGAAACACCUAUCACCUACAAAGGGCCGGAGCCGUCAUACAUUGAGCGGGUUCUCAUCACGUCCAACCAGGAGGAGUCCUUCCUGGUCAAGAUGCUCCUGAGGCAGACGCGCCGGCCGGAGGUCGGAGACAAGUUCAGCAGUCGCCAUGGGCAAAAGGGAGUGUGCGGCCUCAUUGUACCUCAGGAGGACAUGCCUUUCACAGACCUGGGAAUUUGUCCUGACAUUAUCAUGAACCCCCACGGGUACCCGUCCCGUAUGACGGUGGGGAAACUGAUCGAGCUGCUGGGCAGCAAGGCAGGCGUCCUGGAGGGGAAGUUCCACUACGGCACAGCUUUUGGCGGUGACAAGGUGGCGGACCUGUCGGAGGUUCUCAUCGACCACGGGUUCAACUACCUGGGCAAGGACUACGUCACGUCUGGCAUCACUGGGGAGCCCCUGGCAGCGUACAUCUACUUCGGGCCCAUCUACUACCAGAAGCUCAAGCACAUGGUGCUGGACAAGAUGCACGCCCGAGCCCGCGGCCCGCGCGCCGUACUGACCCGUCAGCCCACCGAGGGGAGGUCCAGGGACGGGGGGCUACGUCUGGGGGAGAUGGAGAGGGACUGUCUCAUCGGUUAUGGGGCUAGUAUGCUGCUGUUGGAGCGACUCAUGAUCUCCAGCGACGAGUUUGAGGUGGACGUCUGUGGUCAGUGCGGACUCAUCGGCUACUCCGGAUGGUGCCAGUACUGUAAGUCCUCUAAGGAUGUGUCCACCCUCAAAAUGCCGUAUGCCUGCAAGCUUCUGUUCCAAGAGCUACAGUCCAUGAACAUUGUGCCCCGACUGUCGCUGAAGAGAUACAACGAGUUGUGACCUUUCACCCCUUCCUCAGGGUCACAGGGAUUUUUUUUUUUUUCAAUUAGUUUUUUUAGCCACCGUUGCAAGAAUAAGUGAAUGAAUGAAUGCUGAGUCUUUGAGAGUGUAUGUGUGUGGAUAAAAUGUUGAAGAGAGUUUGUGGUGAAGAAAUGCAAAAAGUGAGCAAUAAAUGUUACAAGUGUCUGAUGAUGGGAAUGGAUGCUGGGUUUUCUUUUGGCCCCUGUCUGACUGUCUGUCUGUCUGUCUGUCUGUCUGUCUGUCUGUCUGUCUGUCUGUCUGUCUGUCUGUCUGUCUGUUGCGAGUGAUCUAGUGGAAACUGCUGCUGUGUCAAGAAUAGAAUGCAUAAAGUGAAUGUUUUUAUUUAACGGGGAAAUAAAUGUGCAGAGGUUGAAAGUUCAAUUCUCGAUUGGA